AUGGAAUCGAAUGCGCAACGAACAUCGGGAGAUCCAAUUCGAAUUGAAGACGUCGGCGCAUAUUCAAUCGACAUGAAAACAAAUAAGGUGACGAUUGGAUACGAUCAGAUUCCUCGUUUGAUUCCGAAUAUUGAUGACGUCAUCGGAACGAAUUUAGAUGAAGGAAUGGAGGAUUUCGAGGAUAAAUAUGGCGGCGAAAAACUGGAAAGCCUUCUCGAUUUCAUCAAAAUGCAAUGCAAACCUGGAACGGAUUUAAAGGAGCACAUUCAGGCAGAUUUUGUCACGAAUCGCUCCACAGUUUUGGCCCUUAUCACUUUAAAACUACGCAAGAUCAUUGCGGUUCGCGAAAAAGGCGUCAUAUUCUUAUACAAUGUGACAGAUGAUGAAUUUGGAGCUUCUAAAGCAAUUAAUGUCGAACGAUACGCUCGUGUUAAUAAGUUUGAAUGGAUCACUUCAUUGGGGAAUCGUCCUCACCCCAACGAUAAUUUGAUACCAGCAAAGGUCGUUUUCCGUGCUACACUCAAGGCUGGAUGGCGAUUGUAUUAUAGUGCAAGAAUCGAUGGAAUCGAUGAUAAUGGAGGAUAUGUUGAGAAAAAGCUGUCAUAUAUUUCUGUUAAUGCACGUAACAAGAGCUUGAAGAAAACAUUGGAUACAUUUCAAAAUUGUCUUUCGACAACCAAAACAAUUUUGAGAGGAAUCUACGAUAAGAAUGCCGUACUUUGCGAGAUUGAGCGCGAAAAUGUCGAGAUUUCCACAAUAUUCCCAAGACUGCGUGUGAUUGAGAAUAAUUUAAUGAUGAUUAGACGUCGACUUCAUCACGAUGGAAUGGCUUUCAAUAUUUAUUUCGAGCCUGAUCAUUCUUUUAAAUUCGAGCAAUUGGACGAAUCCGAUCUUGUUCCGCAAGAUUUUCUUGAUCAUUUCAUAUAA